AUGGUGAAGGAGCUCGACGCUGAAAUUGGUAGCGGAUCCCUUCUAGAGUCUAUAAAAAGCAACAAGCCCCCUAUCCAGGUCAUCCUCGACGUCGGCGCCCUCAUCGUGGACCUGAACAACGAACAAGUUGCCCGCAGGUGGCUUGGAAUUACACCCAGCGCUCAGAAGCAAGCAGUCAUCUUCUUGGACAAGCAAGACGAUAUCCUUGUCCUGAAUAGAGCAGGCUUCGUGGAGCCGUUCCAUGCUUCUCCUUUUGCCGGUAAUACAGAUGCUUGCCUUGUGUUCCUUGAUGAGGCUCAUACUCGAGGCAUCAACUUGAUUCUCCCAGACGAUUAUCGAGCUGCCACGAUUCUUGGGCCUAAGCUGACGAAAGAUUGGCUCGUGCAAGCUUGCAUGCGACUGAGAAAACUUGGUAAGGGUCAGUCUAUUACCUUCAUUGUACCCGCAGAGAUCCAGAUGAGGAUAAGGGAGGUCUGCAACAUUAUGGACGGAGCGUCUCUCGCUGUUUCUGACGUUCUCUGUUGGUCAAUUACAGAGACGUGGGCCGAAUCUCGCAAGAGCAUUCCCUUGUGGGCUAUGCAAGGCUUGCGACACCAGCGGCAAGAAGCCAUCUGGACGACUCAGGUAGAGACCCGCGAUGUCGACGACAUUUCCGGCCAUGAUCUUGCAAGUUACUUCGAAGAUGAGGCAAUGAGCCUGGAAGCGCGAUAUUGCCCCAAAGGGGGAAACGCCAGCCAAGUGCUACAAGAGCACUUCAACAAUCCCCUGCUGGCCGGUCGUCACGAUCAAAUCGAUGCUAUAAAGGACAAGUGUGAACGCUUCCAACUUGCCCAUUUUGAUUCGGCUUCUUUUCAAGAGGAACAAGAGCGCGAAUUGGCCCCGGAGAUUGAGCAGGAGAGACAGGUUGAAAAACCUCCUGGGGUGCAACCUGAGAAGCACUCACUGCACCCCAACGUCUUGUCGUUGGUCGAAAGCGGUGGCGUCCCGAGGAAGGAAGGCUUCCUCGCAGCCUUCCGCACCUUCGAACGUAGUAGCAUGGCCCACUCAAUUCGACUCGAUCACUUUGGACGCCAGUUGCUCAUCCUGUCCCUUGAAUCUUUAAGCAUUCUGGUAGUGCUCAGCCCCUACGAGGCGAAUGAGCUCCUCCCGCGCAUUGAGAAGAGCAGCCACGUUAGACUGCGUGUCUACGCUUCCCGUCACACGCUGUCUCUCCCUUCACUGCAACACCUGAGCCUCAACGUCACGCCGCCCGAGUCGUCGCCCUGGACUGCUCCCCGCACAGAGGUGAUGCACCUUAACCUGUUCGCGGGCCAGCUAUACUUCCAGUCUAUGCACGAGUACAGGCACGCCUGCGCCUACCUGGGUCUCUCGGUUGUUCCCAACAACAGCAGCUCUGACCUUGGCGAGGACGGUUUCGUUGGCCAGAGCGCAGUGUACCCAGACUGCGGCUUUACGCGGAGCCCGACCGCUUUUCUUCACUUUGUUAUGGCCAAUGUUCGUCGUAAUCGGCAGGAUAUCAGUAAAACACAUGUAGGGAGGAUGCUGGCAGGGGAUAUCUUGUGUGAUGGGGAUUUCCUGGAUGAGUCAUGA